AUGCCAACACCCAGGCACAAAAUGCCCACUCCCAAGCGGCGGCCACCGCCUCCGCCGGCCCCUAAUGUGGUGGCGCCAGCUGACAAUUCACCUCCCAACCCUCAAUUCUAUCUCCAAGAACCAUCCCGUAAAAAGAACCCCUCCAGGUCCACUAAACUUUUCCAGCGUGUCCGAUCAGUUUUCCGGUCAUUUCCCGUCAUCAGUCCUCCAUGCAAGAUGCCUGUUCCGAUCAACGAUGGCCAUAUUCACGGCGGAAAACAGAUGACCGGAACCCUAUUCGGGCACCGAAAAUCUCGUAUAAACAUAGCAAUUCAAGAAAAUCCCAGGUGCCUUCCAGUUCUUGUCCUUGAACUCUCCAUUCAAACUGGAAAACUCCUUCAAGAUAUGGGAUUGGGACUUGUUCGAAUUGCACUCGAAUGCGAAAAACACCCUUCAGAGAAAAUCAAGCUGCUUGACGAACCCAUCUGGACUAUGUACUGCAAUGGAAGAAAAGCUGGAUAUGCAGUAAAAAGAGAGGUAACAGACGACGAUUUGAAGAUUAUUCAGAUCCUGCAUGCAGUGUCAAUGGGCGCCGGAGUUCUUCCCGGCAAUGUCGCAGACUCGCCGGAAGGGGAACUGACAUAUAUGAGAGCUUAUUUUGAACGAGUGACUGGAUCGAAGGAUUCAGAGACGUAUUACAUGAUGAAUCCGGAUGGUAAUAGUGGGCCUGAACUGAGUAUUUUCUUUGUUAGAGUCUGA